GAGUCUCUUCCUUUCCUUUUUCGUUGUUUCUUGGUAGGGCGCGUUCUAGGGGAUCACACCGGCGCCAUCGAAUUCGUGUCACAGGUGGAUAGAUCGCGUCCUGGUGCCUUGAUCCGUGCGGCGCUGCGGCGAUCGCCGGUGUCGAUCAGGGUUUUCAGGGUUUUCAAUCGGGCAAUUUCUCUUCCCCGGGCCUCUACUGCUAUGAGAUCCUAGGGUCGCCAGAUUUGGGAUGGAGCCGCGCAUAGGCAACAAGUAUCGGCUCGGUCGAAAGAUUGGAAGUGGAUCUUUCGGUGAAAUCUAUCUAGGUACGAAUAUCCAAACAAACGAAGAAGUUGCGAUCAAAUUGGAAAGCGUCAAGACCAAACACCCGCAAUUGCUAUACGAGUCUAAGCUGUAUAGAAUCCUUCAGGGAGGAACUGGAAUACCUAACAUAAGAUGGUUUGGAAUCGAAGGGGAUUACAAUGGUCUAGUUUUAGAUCUGCUCGGCCCAAGUCUUGAGGAUCUUUUCAAUUUUUGUAACCGUAAGUUCUCGCUGAAGACCGUGCUCAUGCUUGCGGAUCAACUGAUAAACAGAGUGGAGUAUGUGCACUCAAAGAGCUUUUUGCACCGGGAUAUUAAGCCAGAUAACUUUCUUAUGGGUCUUGGAAGGCGCGCAAAUCAGGUGUAUAUUAUCGACUUUGGUCUUGCCAAGAAGUACCGCGAUCCAUCUACACACCAGCACAUCGCUUACAGAGAGAACAAGAACCUGACCGGAACUGCACGCUAUGCGAGUAUCAAUACGCACCUCGGAAUCGAGCAAAGUAGAAGGGAUGAUCUCGAGUCUUUGGGCUACGUUCUCAUGUAUUUCCUUCGAAGCAGUCUUCCAUGGCAAGGACUCAAGGCUGGAACCAAGAAGCAGAAAUACGAGAAGAUAAGCGAGAGGAAGAUGUCUACAACGAUUGAGUCGUUGUGCAAGAGUUACCCUUCCGAAUUUCACUCAUAUUUUCAUUAUUGUCGGUCGCUUCGAUUUGACGACAAACCAGACUACGCGUAUUUGAAGAGAAUCUUUCGCGAUCUAUUUAUUCGAGAAGGUUUCCAAUUCGAUUACGUGUUUGAUUGGACGAUACUAAAAUAUCAACAAGCGCAAAUGUCUAGUGGCCCCCCAAGAGGAAUGGCUGGGCUCGUAGGCACGAGCAAUGGUGCAACAAUUGCUGCUGACAGGGUCCAAGGCGUCCAAGAUACCCAUGAUGCUCCUCGGAACUCGGAUAUCCCAUGGAGACAAAUAAAUGGUACCGCAGCGACGUCCACGGUGGAGAACCCGAAGCACAAGAACUUGGAGCCUGACAGUGCGGCAGCAACCAAAGACAGCGGAGAUGUGGUGGAAGAUCAGACCCGACCACCCUUGGUUCGUCACAUUGUACCAAAGAAACUGAACCCGCUUGAUGCAGCCAAGUCGCGUUUCCUAGGUCCGCUUGAUCCUGUACCCAAGUCACGACUGGUUGGUCCAUCGGAAGCUCUAGCUAAAGCACGGUUCUUUGGUCCCCCUGUGUUUAGCCCAGCACCAUUGCAGCGAAGCUCAGCUAUCUCCUCAGUUGAGCCUAAGCGGAUGGGUCGCGAUUUGAGCUAUGGAAACUUUGGAAAUAAGUCUGGUUCCUUCCGCGGUGGUGGCGCCAAGGAGUAAAAGCACAGUAUAAGCGCAAGAGCGAGCAGCAGCAGCAGCGAUCGAUCGAUCGAUCAGUCAUCAAAAAAUCUCAGCAGCUCCGAGAAGGAGGACCACGAGAAAAAAAGAGAAAGAAA